GUCCUUCUCCUUCCUUCUCUGCGAGCCAGGUUAGUGGGUAUCAGCUGGAAGGACCCAGUCAAGUCCUGGACCCUGGUCCCACUCAGAUGCAGACUCUCUGCCUCAGUAGAGCGCCAGAUCUCAAGCUGGUAACAUCGUGCUAAUAGCUCUCCGAUCGAGCUGUCCAAGAUCUCUGCGAUCGCGAAGUCUAUGACGCGAACUGUUUUUGGAAAAUUUGUACUAAAAUCGUGGAAGUUUCAAGUGUUGAAUGCCCGAAAAACUGUGUACUGAGAUCAGUAACUAACCUCCAAAUUGUGACGUUACAUUCAGAAGUGUGAAAUGUUUGGAAAACUGUAUAUUAAAAUCGGUGUGAGUAAGCUCCAAAUUGUGACGUUACGCUUAGAAAAGUUUGAAGUCUUCAAUUUCCGAUCGAGCUCUCUCUAUCCCCAAUCGUGAAGUUCAUAACGCAACGAUUUUUUCUGGAGAUUGAAGUUUAAAAUGUUUAAAAAACUGUAUUAAAAUCGGUGUAAGUAAGCUCCAAAUUGUGACGUUACGCUCAGAAAAGUUUGAAGUCUUCAACCUCCGAUCAAGUUUUCUCUAUCAUCAACCGUGAAGUUCAUAACACAACAGUUUUUUCUGGAGAUUGAAGUUUAAAAUGUUCAAAAAACUGUAUUAAAAUCGGGGUGAGUAAGCUCCAAAUUGUGACGUUACGCUCAGAAAAGUUUGAAGUCUUCAACUUCGAGUUCUCUCUAUCAUCAAUUGUGAAGCUCAUAACACAAAGGUUUUCGCUCGAGUUUGAAGUUUGAAAUGUUUGAAAAACUGUAUUAGCACCGGUGUAUGUAAGCUUCAAAUUGUGGCGUUACGCUCAAAAUCGUUUGGAAUCGUCAAUCUCCCAUCGACUCUGCUUCUCCUAGAUCGUGAAGUUUUUGUUGAAAGUUAUCACAGAAGUUUGAAGUUUUGUAAACUGUACUGAAAUCGGUAAAUAAUCUUCAAAUUGUGACGCUACGCUCAUAAAAGUUUGGAGUCUGAUCUGAUACGCGUAAGUUUGAAAUGUGAAAUAUUUGAAAAACUGAACUAAAUUCGAUAACUAUGAGAUACACGUUAUGACGUGACGUUCAUAAAACUUUAAACUCUUGUGAAUCACGUAGUCUUCAACAUGGAUAACGUGAUAAGACGCAGCUAAGUUAAUGGAAGUUUAAUACAAAUCUUUUUUGAAAAACUGAAAUACAAAUUGAUAUUGAAGCAUCAUCUCAAAAACUGUGCUGAAGACUCGGCAGUUUGUUAGUUUUGGGAAAGUUUUUGAAAUUAUUCCCGAACAUUAAACUCACCGUACGACUUCGUUAGUGUUGUGCGUUAAAAUCGGAUUCAAUUUGGAGAAAAUUCUUGUUUUUAUCAAUACAAAUUCAAUAGGAACAGUGGAAUUUUUGUUCAAGAUACAAGACUUGGUAGUGAACCGGAAAACUACUUUGAUUUUCUGCAGUGAUAGAAGAAUACUGAGGUCCAAGCUUUCCAGUAACUACCACCGUUCAAAUCUCCAGUUGUUAUUGAAGUCACUCAGUCUUGAAUCAAAACUCAAUUUUGGUGAUAUUUCAUCCUAGAAUAUGAAAAUCACAGUAUUGAAAUUCAAUGACAAUCACUCGUAUAGUACGUUGACAAUUUAAACGUACUGUGCUAGAAUUUCAACGUUUUGUCAUCCGAAAAUACAGUGCAUCUAUUAGAAUUUAUUGGUCAUUACUAAUGUAAAAGUGGAUGAAAAUUUUGAGGUACUAUGCUAUUAAACUAGCUAGUAAAACUAUUGAGUUCAAACCACUAGUGGAAAAAGUACACAGUCUUCGACGUAUCUCCCCAUCAGACAUUAUACAAAACGACUGCAAGAAUUCAAUGAACAUUACUUCUUGACAGUUUACAAGAACAAGACACUUCUUGACGUCCCUUGUCAAUCUUGUAUCGACAUCCACGACCUUUCCCACACUACGAUAGACAUCUCUAGGAGACUCCUUGAUUAGUGAAUGACAUCCUUCAACAUCCUUAGCGCAAUCCUUCAUUCUUUGACAUUUCGCACAGCACUUCAUUAACCUUUGUACAGCCACAGUUUUUGUUUUGAUUAAAGGUUAUCUUUGAGACUACGUGUGUGAGAAGUCAUAAAACGGCAGGCGAGAGUGAGACAAUAAACUGAAUUAUUACUGUAAUAAAACGCUAUAAAAUUGAUUGCCACAGUGAGAGAGUGACCGUAAUGUAAUCUGAGCGAGAUAGAUAUUGGGGUAGCAUUGAUUGGAACAUUUUAUUGAUUCUAGGAUGAGGGGUAUAUUAUGUGAACUGUGUUACUGAUAAGGACGAUAUCACGAAAUGAAGCUCUCUCAAUAAAUCGUACAAGUGAAAUAUUUUAUAUGAACCACGUUAUUUCACCACUGGAAAUCUGAAUAAAAUGUGAAUUAUGUGACGUUUAAGUGAUUUUGAAAAAAAAAAACUAGAAAAGAAGAACACUUUUCGUUAUGACCUACAUUUUCUUCCAACAUACGAACUAAAACUACGAAACUAGGUAGUUUCUUCCAAACUACGAAAACCUUGGAGAACUAUAAUUUCUCGUAACAAAACAACGUGCUACAAAUCUAAAUGCUAACAAUAGUGCUGUUAGACAUUUGAAGUGAAAUCGGGAAAACUAGAGAGGGAGGACAAUCAUCUGUGGUGACCCAUAUUUUCUACAAAUGAGACACGACAAUACCCUCAAAAAACAAUUAUUGCUUCUAUGAAACGUUCAUCUAUGCUGAUUAAAGUGUGAAACAAGAACUCUAGAAAGACUAAACCCUUGAAGAACCAAUUUUACGUGACAAACCCUCAAAAAACAAUCAUUUUCUCAUAACACGUUCAUCUAUGCUGAUUAUUAUAACGUGUGAAGCAAUAACUCUAGUAGGACUAAACCCUUGAAAACCCAAUUUUACGUGACAAAACCCUCGUGCUAAAAACCCAAAUGCUGAUAAUCAUGGACCAAGAAGUGAUGUUGGACAUUUGAAGUGAAGAGAAACUAGAGAAAAAGAGCACUUUCUGUUAUGACCCACAUUUUCUACAUAUGAAAAACUACGAAAUAUUAGAAUUAUUCUCAUUUGUUGUGGCAAAAUCCUCCACGAUAAUACCCUCGAAAAACAUUUUUUUAAUGAAACGUUCAUCUAUGCUGAUUAAAGUGUUAAACAAUAACUAAGGACUAAACACUCGAAAACCCAAUUUUACGUGACAAACCAUCGUGCUAAAAAGCCAAAUGCUGGCCACCAUGAACCCGCAGGUGCUACUACUCCAAACGAGCGACUCCAACAACAACCGGAGUCCCCCCCUCGACAAGUGCUAUUCGCCGCCCAGGUCGACCUUGAAACCGCACGAAAGUGACCUUGAAACCGACCUUGACUGGAGACCUUCCCGAGGUCGCACCAAAAAACGGCCCAAACAGAAACCGCCUCCCCUCAGCAAAUACCGUCGGAAAACCGCUAACGCUCGCGAACGUUCGCGAAUGCGGGAGAUAAACGAGGCUUUCGAAGCGCUCCGGAGAGCAAUUCCUCACCUAUCAACCUCCAGUGAUAAUCCCAACGAGAAACUCACAAAAAUCACAACCCUAAGGUUAGCUAUGAAGUAUAUUUCAGCCCUGAAUCAAGCCCUACAAGUUGACGCCCUACAACAACCCGAUUUCGAAUCGGACGCCGAUUCUUUACUUUCUGACUACACUCUAACUCCAACACCGGCUUUCAGUGAACAUUCCUCGCUAACUUCGGAUUUCUCGGACAAUAUUUUGCCGACAGUUUCGUUCGCCGAUCCGAACACUUUCGUUAGUCCGGAUGAUGAUUUUUUCGGAGCAACGGGAUUGGUUGUGCCGGAUUUGGGAGGUGGUGGCUAUGUUUUCGAUGACCUCAGUUUUGCGACAGACUUCAGCUAGCGUAAGUUUUCGGCUAUAGUUUUUGACAUGAUUACUAUAGUUUGUUUGUAUAUUUUUAGGGUAGAUUGAGAUGUGAAAUCGUCGAGCUAAAUUAAGAAAUAAUGAGAGAUUGAUUAUAUUAUGACAGUUUAUGGCUAUAUAGUGAGGUCCACGUUAUAAUGGCAGUGGAGAAAGUUAGGAGAAAAACGUUGUCGAUCCUCUGUCUUGUCUAGAUGGUAGCUGAUUCAGGUUUAUUGAUGUGAUAUUG